AUGGGCUCAACGACAUCCAAAUCUAACAAGAUUACUUCUCAGGACAGAGCCAUUCUGGACCUUAAAGUUCAAAGGGAUAAACUGAAGGCAUAUAGUAGGAAGUUAGACAGUGUUAUUAACAAGGAACUGGAACUAGCUAAAGGUCAUCUCGCCAAUGGUGAUAAGAAACGUGCUCUUCUGGCACUAAGGCGAAAAAAAUUUCAAGAGGGUUUGCUCGAAAAGACUCAGAUGCAAAUGACAAAUCUGGAUGAACUGGUAUACACCGUCGAUAUAAUUUUCCUCCUUACAUACUCCAUUGAGCAUGCGCUUGUUGAGAAACAAAUUUUUGAUGGACUCGCAGCCGGAAACCAGGUGCUGAAGGAGCUACACAAGGAUAUGUCCCUCUCAGACGUAGAGAAAUUGAUGGAUGAGACUGCAGAAAGCAUCGCCUACCAAAAUGAAAUUGACGAGAUGCUCAGUACUCGACUUUCUGUGGCCGAAGAAGAAGAUAUCGAAAGAGAACUUGACGAGAUGGUGGCACAAGAGACCACAGAUAUGCUACCUAAUGUACCUACAAUGUCAAAAGAGGAGCAAAUCGCUGCUCUCCAUGCCCAAGAGCGAGAAGAAGAAGAACAGGCAAACCUUGGUAUGAAGAAAGCCACCAAAAGCCCGCGCACCCGGAAUGAACCUAUGUUAGCAUAG